GCCGUCGGUGCCCAGCAGGACCGGGCUGCGGAGUCCAGGCCACCAUGAGCGAGCGACAAGGCUCUGGAGCAACCAAUGGAAAAGACAAGACCUCGGGCGAGAACGAUGGGCAGAAGAAAGUUCAGGAAGAAUUUGACAUCGACAUGGAUGCGCCCGAGACAGAACGUGCGGCUGUGGCCAUCCAGUCCCAGUUCAGAAAGUUCCAGAAGAAGAAGGCUGGAUCUCAGUCUUAGCAAGGGGGCCCCUUCCUACUCCGCCCGAAGACACCACGUCCAACCAUCCUCUGUCGAGAAAUGAAACGAGCAGCACCCUCGCGAGACUUCCUCUGCACACCACACACUCGCUCACUGCAAACCCCCAGUGCAUGUACAGAAACCCGUGCUGUUUCCACCCGGUAGGCAGACGUAGGCGAUGGGAUUGUGAGUAGCUUAGCCUCUGUGUUUAGCUCCAUUAUCAUUCUGCCUGUAACUACUUUCCCGGAUGUUGUAAUUAAAAGGAGUGAAG